UGGGCGGGCCAGGAAGGAGGAGGAGAGGCCGAGGAGGAGGAAGCGAAUGGCGGCGGCCCAGGGUCUCCUGUAUCCGGUGGAUAUGAAAGGAACCAGUCCUGAAGUUAUAGCAGGGACAGCGAUGGAAUAUUAUGGAAAGCUAUUAGAGGAAUCAUCCUCCGCUCCUGAGCUUUUCUCUAUUCCAGGAAGAGAGAAAGUUCAACUUGAGGCUUCCUUGAUGCACUUCCUCCCUCUCUACAGAGAAGAAAGUCAAUGGAAGAUUCUGGUUUUAACUGAUCCUCAAGACAAAAGUUCAGUUGUAGCACUGCAUUUGCACAGUUCCUGGUGGCUCAUUGAAGAUGUGCUGAAGACAGCCGAUCCUUUCCGGGAAGGUCUGAUUCAGGUAGAGACGUUUGCAGAAAGGAUUGUCCUUUUUGUGCUGAACUGCAUCAUUUUUGGAAUGCUGGAGAGGAGCCUGGCCUGUGACGCACUCUUUGUGCCGCACUCCGAAAAAGAGUGUGCCAAGAUAUUUUGGACAAGAGGAGAAGCAGUUGCCUUCUACACCAUCAAAGCAAAAGGAAGCCUGUGUGAUGGAUUCACCAGCCAAUGUUACUUGCUCCCAGUUUUGGACACCAUGUUUGUCCGGAGAAAGUCCAGAAGAUGUGGACUUGGGAUUAAAAUGCUUCGUGAUUUCUGUCAGACGUUCACAGUGGAGGAGGCCUUGGGACUCAGUUGCCCUGUGUCUGCAGACAUGUACCAAGUUUGUCAAAAGUUCUUGGAACUCCAUCCAGAGGAACAGCCUCGCCUGUGGGAAGUGGAGGCACCGGGAGACUGGAGCCAGCGUGUGAGUAUCUGGCUCAAGAUUCAGCUGGAACGAAGCCUCCCAAGAGAAGUUCCUAUGGAGAAGCUUCAAGACGGCAAACCUGAGCAAUCCAAUGAAGUGCAGAAGGAUAAGAGAGAUGGCUGCAUUCCUAAAAGUAUGGCAUCGCUGGAUCCCAAAAGUGCGACAGAAGAAUUUAAGUGUGAACCAGAAGAUGUAUUUCACCUCCAGGCUCAUGAAGAAGAACACAUGGUUCAAAUGCCGCAAAAUAAGGAGUCAAAGAAAAGGGCAAGAGAACCACCUGAAGAUUGUGAAGAUCCUAAGCAUUUCAGGCCACUGCUUUGACUUUGAAUCAUGGUAGAAUCAUAGCAAUGCUCUGGGCAUUGACUGAGUUAAAAUCUCCCCUUAACCAUAGAUUUAUCUAAGAGCCUCUUCUUUGAACCUGGUGUCUUCUGUGUUGAUGGCUUACUUGGGAAUGCUGCUGGAAAAGUUACUCAAAUGAUGUCCAUGAAGCACUUUGCACACUCAGAAUAACUGAGUAUGCAAAGUUCUGGUAUAUUUGGGGUAAUAAUAAUAAUAAUAAUAAUAAUAAUAAUAAUAAUGUGCUUUAUUUAUAUUCUGCUCUAUCUCCCUGAAGGGAUUUAGAGCGGAUUAUAGUACUGUCAAGACCCAGAAGCCUUAAGUAGAGCCAAACACAAGAUAAAGAGUUCAAACACAGCUUUA